GCUGGCGAGUGUGAAUCAACUGACGUUGCUUUUAUAACCUGCUCUGAUUGGUUGAGUCUGUUCGUGACAACUUCCUGUGAAAUGACGCUCAAGAUUUAAAAAUUUCAGCUCUGUUUUACAGCGGUAUAUUUUACUUUCAACAAUAGAGGCGCACUUGGGCAUAAAACACCAUGAAUGAUGAGACCAGUAGGUUAUUUGAAAGAGUUGCUCAAAAGAUGGUCUGGACUGACAUAGACGCACUGGACACGGCAGAAAGGAAGUUGAUAAGUACAAUUGGCAAGUCUCGUCGUGCCGCCACAAGUGAUCAUCAGACUGUAGGGCAAUCAGCUCCAUCAAUCCAGCUUUUCCUCUCUGAAGAUGAAGAUGACCCAGAGAAGGAGAACCAGUGCAUCAAGGGCAGCCAUUAUAGAAGCAAGCCUGUGGUCGUUUCAAGCGAUGAUGACUUUGAUCAGUUUCUUGUAGCAAGGGCUACACCAAGAUCUAAACCUAAGGCACAAAAAGCACUUAGUUCCGCCAAGAAGCACAGUUCUCAUAUUACUGUGUUGAGUUCAGAUGAUGAUGAUGAUGGCAAUUUUGAGACAUUUUUGCAAAGAGUGAAAACCCCUAACACCAAGCCGAAGAAAAUAUCCGAUAGUGGUAGUGAGGAUAGCCUUAAAAACUUCAUAGUGGAUGACAACUCAUCAGAUGACGACUUCAUAGUGCCUAAGUCAUCUUUUAAAGGGCCCAAGAAAACCAAUACUCCAGCAUCAGCCCAGCAUACAUUGAGGAAACCAUUGUCCCAGUGUGAAUCACCGGUCUUUGUUAGUGACAGUGAUGACGAUGAUAACAUUGUGGUUAAGAGCACUUGGAGGACUCGCCACUCUAAACCUAAAGCCUCUUCAAGGGCCAACAAGAAACACCCUCUGGUUGAUAAAGACACCAGUUCACCAUCACUUUCCUCACAUCCAGUAUCAUCUCCAUUUUUUUUUCCUCCCCACAAAACACCAACAUUUCUGGUGUCUCCUAAACGCACGCUUUCAGCACCUUCUAAACUGGAGGAAUCAAACAGUUCAGAGGAAGAGUUCACAUCCUUACUGGAGAGACUUAAGAAGAAAAACAUCACAGCCACUUCAUUCUCCCCUAAGACUAGUAAAGACUGCAGUGAACAGCCAACUUUGUCAAGUCCUUCAGUUAAGGUAUUCACAAAACCUGCUCCGACAUUAUUAGGGGAGGUGCCUCGACCUGUGAAAACACCAGGGAAGUCCACCAUUGUGAAGCCUGCAGUCAGCCAGACAGAGCCUAGGCAUGGCCCUACCAGCAGGACAGCAAUAUGUAAGACCCCAGGCUGCUUCUUACAGUCCUUAUCAUGCCCCGGUAACAGCUAUAGCCGCAGUUUUAAGCAGAACAAGGAGGACCUUACCAGCAAACUGUACCAGCUGUACAAUACCAGCGUGUUUGACAGCAAGCUCCCCACCAAUAUGUCAGUUACCUGGAAUAAGAAGAUGCGAAAAACCGCUGGUUACUGCGUCACAGGGCAGGAGCGAGGCGGAGGGAGUCGCUACGCCCGCAUUGAACUGUCGGAGAAAGUCUGUGAUUCUGCAGAUCGACUCAGGGACACACUCAUUCACGAGAUGUGUCACGCUGCAACGUGGCUCAUUAACGGUGUCAGAGACGGCCAUGGGAACUUCUGGAAGCUUUACGCCCGCAAGGCCACAUUGAUGCAUCCUGAGCUGCCCAUGGUCACCCGUUGUCAUAGUUACGAUAUCAAGUACAAAUACCAGUACCAGUGCACUCGCUGCCAGAAUACGAUCGGGCGUCAUUCAAAGUCACUGGACACCCAGAGGUUUGUGUGCGCCCUCUGCACAGGACAACUUGUGUUGCUAACGCCUACCAAUUCACGUGCUCCAACGCCUUUUGCCAAUUUUGUCAAAGAGAACUAUGGCACCGUGCGACUGGAGCUGGCCGGGCAGAGCCACGCUGAUGUGAUGCGGAAACUUAGUGCAGACUUUGCUUCCAAGGCUAAAGUCAGUCAAAGCUGAGAUCUUGUCUGUAAGAAAUUUGCUAAACAACAGAAACGCUGAAAUACCUCAGUCGCCUCGUCUUACAUCAGUAAACAGUGAAAAUGAUUUCAAUACAUUUUAAUAUUUUCUCUGUAUUUGUUAGUAGUGUGACUAUAGACUAGUCCUGCACUUACGAAGCCUUUACAGUACGAUUUUGUGUUUGUUGAAUGCAUCUGGUUUGUGUGUAUUGUUGAGUCAGUGCUAAAUGGUAACAUCCAUCUUUCAUUCCUGGUAGCUAAUGUGCAGAAUAUUAUAAUUAAGUUGUAACAGUACUUGGGUAAACGUGUUUCAUUUUUGACUGGUUUGAUUCUUCAUGUUAUGAACUCUGUGAAUAAAGUUUAAAAUUAUGACCCCACAUUAAACCAA